AUGCUCGACUGGAAAGGUUUACUAAAAUGGAGUGUUACCCAUUCAGAUGGUACUCAAAAGAAGGAUCUCAAGCCUAUGGAUGAAGAAACCAAAAAUUGGUUAAUGGAAGCUUUAGCUGAACAUGCUCUCCAAGAUGUGAAAAGAAUGUAAGAAAUAUUAUCUAAAGUGCAUGAAGACGAUAAGGGAACUUAAGAAGAUGAAAAUGAAAAAAUAGCUCUUCUUGAAGAAUUAGAAGAUAUAGUUGAUAAUCUUGACAUGGCAGAUUCAUUAUAUCACAUUGGAGGUUUAGUAGAACUUAUUAGAUAAGCUAAGUAAAGUAAAUAUCCAAGAGUUUAGCAUAUAUCCUUAAGCAUCUUUAUCACUUGCAACUAAAAUAAUCCUCACAUUUAGCAAUGGUCAAUAGUAGAAGGUGCAUUUUAGUUUUUAAAUCUUAUCUUGAAUUCAGAUAAUAUGAAAACAAAGGAAUGGGCUUUAGCAGCUAUAAGCAGUUUAAUCAGAGGUGAAAACUUACAAUCUAAGAGAGAUUUUAUUGAGAUUGAGGGUGUCUAAUUCAAUUUAGAGAUCUUAAAGGAUAAAACAGGUAAGUACUCUGAUAAAAUGAAAGCCAAAGCUUUGACUAUGUUAAAAGAUUUAGUAUUCUAUGACCAUAGACUUCACUUUACUUACAAUAAUUUAGAUAAAUUUUCAAAUACUAAUGCAAAAGUAGUGAACGGAAAACCAAGCUAACUAAUUAAGACUAAUAAUAGUGAAAAGAAUAACAAAGUAUCUUAUGAUUAAAAUGAAGAACUCAAAUAAGAAAACGAAAAACCUGAAAAUGCUAAAUAUAAAGAUAGUGUAAAGAAAUAUUUGAUAGAAUAAAAUUUCAUAAAUGACUUUUUCUUCUAUCUUGACACCCUUGAAAACAACUUGUUGGACUCAAGAGUUUGCUAUCUUGAUAUUCUCAAGCACAUCUUAGAGUUCUCACCUGAAUUACAAACUCAAUUCAAGAACGAAAAGCUUUAAAUUUUGAAAUAGAAGAUGUUAUCAGUAAUGAAACACAACUCUAAAAAUGAAAAUCUUAAUGAAUUUGAAAUAAGCUAAUAUAAAGAUGUCUUAGUAUAAUUAGAAAAGAAAUAAUGA